UUACACCCCAACAAAUCUUUAUUUCGAAUGACAAAUAGAAGUAACACAAAAUGCAGAUUUUCCUUUGAAAUAACCGUUUAGUUUAACCGGAAUAGCAGUCGGAAAAAAUGGCCGGAAAACACUUUUCCUCCGCUUCCGCCGCCGCAAAAUCGCAGAGAUCCCUUCUCUUCCUCUUCGGUCUAUCCAUCAUCUUCCUCUCUCUAAUCUUCUACUUGUUCGCCUCCUCUUCCUCUUCAUCCUUCCCCACUCUGCACGCCACCGCAUUCCCCGCAGCUCAAAACCCUAAUGCCGACUAUUCGUUCGUCUCCUCACUAGAGAAGUUUCUCACCAAUCACAAAUCCAAAUCCCCCUCCAUCCGCGACGACACCGUCGAUGAACGGAAUGUGAAGAGAUUAGACGAUUUGAUAGCGGAGGAAGAGGAGAAACGUCUCUACGGAGGAGAGAGUUCGUUUUACUCGCCGAUUAGGGUUUAUGUGUAUGAUAUGCCGUCGAAAUUCACCUACGAUUUGCUCUGGCUGUUUCACAAUACGUAUAGAGAGACCAGUAAUCUCACCUCCAAUGGUAGUCCUGUUCAUCGAUUGAUCGAGCAACAUUCGAUUGACUAUUGGCUGUGGGCGGAUUUAAUAGCGCCGGAAUCAGAGAGGUUGUUGAAGAAUGUGGUCAGAGUUCACAAGCAGGAAGAGGCAGACUUGUUCUACAUUCCAGUCUUCACUACAAUCAGCUUUUUCUUGUUAGAGAAACAGCAAUGCAAGGCUCUUUAUAGGGAAGCUCUAAAGUGGGUCACAGACCAACCAGCUUGGAACCGGUCUGAGGGUAGAGAUCAUAUCUUACCAGUUCAUCAUCCUUGGUCAUUUAAAUCUGUUCGAAAGUUUAUGAAGAAAGCAAUCUGGCUCCUUCCAGAUAUGGACUCAACUGGGAAUUGGUAUAAGCCUGGACAUGUUUACCUUGAGAAAGACCUCAUACUUCCAUAUGUUCCCAAUGUCCAUUUGUGUGAUUCCAAAUGCUUGUCUGAUUCAAAGAGGACUACACUGCUAUUUUUUCGAGGAAGGCUGAAAAGAAAUGCUGGCGGUAAAAUUCGUGCUAAACUUGUGGCAGAACUUAUUGGUUCCAAGGAUGUGGUUAUAGAGGAGGGUACUACUGGAGAGGGAGGAAAGAAUGCUGCUCAGAUUGGCAUGCGCAAGUCUAUCUUUUGCCUUAACCCAGCUGGUGAUACUCCUUCAUCUGCUAGGUUGUUUGAUGCUAUUGUUAGUGGCUGCAUCCCUGUAAUAGUUAGUGAUGAGUUGGAACUUCCUUUUGAAGGAAUUCUUGAUUACCGCAAGAUUGCUGUAUUCAUCUCCUCUAGUGAUGCCAUGCAGCCAGGUUGGCUCGUAUCCUAUUUAAGAAAUAUUUCUCCCUCCCAAAUAAGACUGAAACAAACAAGUCUUGCUAAGUACUCAAGGCAUUUUCUAUAUUCCCAUCCUGCUCAGCCAUUGGGUCCAGAAGACUUGGUUUGGAGAAUGAUGGCAGGUAAGUUGGUUAACAUCAAGCUUCACUCGAGGAGAUCGCAACGUGCUGUCAAAGAAUCUAGAAGCAUCUGCAGUUGCGAAUGCAGGCGACCGAACAGUACUAGCCCAGUACCCUUCGCUUGAUUGUCCUCUUCCAUGUAAUUUCCUCCUCCCCUUUGCUUUUUUGGUUUUCGUCAACUUGUGUAAUUGCUAGACAUAAUGUUUGAAUCACUGUGGUGUUGAUCCUAUUCUUUUCUAGAUUGAUUGUUCUCUCUCUAGCUGAGGAUUUUUUUUUUCAGACAGAUUUGGUAAUGUGUUGCAAUUUUAGACAAAGCUGCAUAGGUGAAACAUAGAUGUUAUUGGUGAUCAAAGGUUUGUGGUCUAAGUGUAAUUCGUUGAUUGUUUGUGUUAUAAUUUGUCAAGUUAUUGCACAAGA